AUGCGGGAGGGGAGAGCCAAUGGCGGGGCCGACGGAGAGAGAGGCGGCGCUGACGCCGCCGCCGCGCUUCGGCGGCAGAGGCCGGCCCGGCCCCACCCGCCCUCGUCCGGCUCGGCCGCGCCGUCUUCGUCGGGUGGAGGAGAGGGAGGCAAGAAGCAGGGGAGGCGCAAGAGCAAGCGGCGGGAGCAGGUCGUGAGGGCGAUCCGGGACCGGCUGCCUCCCCCGCCCGCCUGCUGGGGCAACGUCUCGGUGGUCCGGGAGAGGAGGGGCCGGAGGGAGAGGCCUGGCGCCGACGCCGUCCGCGGCGAGGAGGAGGGGCGCUCCGGCGCGGGAACCGCCGCGCUGCCGGCGUGGUGCUGCCUCUGCCCCGAAGGGGACUGCUCGCUGGAGCCCAACCCGAGCGCCAACGGCAAGGAGGACCCCGGCCUCUGCGCCCUCAUCGAGCGCAACGACUUCUACUCCGACGACUGCAACCCGCACGCCGCCGCCACCACCGAAGACGACGACGACGACGGCGCGGCGAGCCCCGCCGCCGAUUUUGAUUAG